AACCAUGAUUCCACUGUCAUCUGCACUGUGGACAUAAUAUUGACAUACUCUGCAGGAGUGUUAUAGUAUUUCUGAGGCAGAGCCUAGAACGCAAUGGGAGGAAUAGCACCUGCCUGAACAGCUGUGGCGCCUUCAUGGAAUCUUGCCCCACAUCCGGCUGUGCCAUGGGGAUAGCCAAGAAAGCCAUAGAGCAAGUGGAUGGAGGUGCCAGCCUGCCCAUUUGCAUGGAGACUUGCUCAGAGAACACUUGCUGGGGUGGGCAGAUUGAUACAGCCUUGGAGGUGGUGACCUCUACUGGAGCGGUUGUGAGUGAAGCAGACACAGCAGUCGCCCCCAAUGUGGCAAGCCAUCUCCAAGAAGAGUGGCAGAGCUCCUGCUGCAAGAAGAGAGGACGGGAGACAGCAGAAGGUGAGCCGCCUCCUAAGCAACUGAAGAAACAACCUGAGGAAACAGACCAUCAGGAAGCUUCUGAUGAGAUCCACAUGUCAACAGCCAUGGCUAUUACUCAUCCGGAAGCUGUAUCAGCAGCCGUCCCAUUGAAACAGAAACCUAUCCGUGGCCAGAAGCCCAAAAAGAAAGCAGUGGUUCGCAAAGGCCCCCCUCUUCAGGAGCCCAGAGUUCAAGGCGAGGUCCCUGGGCCUUCGGAGAAUGGCCCUUCUCUGCCUGUGAAGGUGCCAAAGAAGCGAGGGCGCAAAUCCAAGGCAGAGCUCCUGGAGUGCCAGUCGACUGAACCCCUUCACCAGCAGAAGUCGCUGGCCAGUGAGGAGAGCCAAGAUUGCCUGGAUACUACUCCUGGGGGGCGUCCAAAGCGCCGGGCUGCUAAAGUAGCCCUUCUGUACCUUCAGGAACUGGCUGAGGAGUUGACAUCUGCCUAUCAGCCGUCCUCUCAGGGGACCUCAGAGAGCCCCCUUGAGCCCGAGGAGCCUGUCAGGAAACGGCGGGGUCGGAAGCCACAUGAGCAGAAGCUGGAGAACGAUGGGGAUGCGGACUUUGUCCCCUCAGAAGAAGGGCUUGUGGAGGCGGCAGAGGCGGAGGAAGAGGAGGAGAGUGACAUGUUGCUGAGUGAGGCAUCCGAGCCUGAACUGGAGCACAGCCUGCGGGGAACUGCGCGGCCCAAGGCUCAGUGCCGAGGGUUUGCCUCCAACGGCUUACACAACUCUGUCAUGGCUCCUGUCUGGAAGUCUCUCAGGGUCACCCAUCACUUGCGUGAGCAACUUCACUCUCCCUGGGAGUUUCCAGAGUGGAUCCCCUCAGCUCGGAAAUGGGUCUUUCUGUCAGAGAGCGAAGUGAACGAAUACCUCCCUGCGGAGACCAAAUCCCCUCUCUUCUCCAUCAGGCGGGAAGGUCUACAAGAGGACAGCAGCAUCCUCUACCGGAUUAACAGGUUUAAUGCCUUGCAGCCUCAUGAGGAACGCCUGGACAUGACUUUCUUCGUUGGGGGACCCAUCUGGGCCAUGGAGUGGUGCCCAACCCCUGAAGGCUCCAUGGCCUCCCAGUACGUGGCCAUCUCCUGCAACCAAGGCAUGGAUGACCGGCACAGUUUGGUGGGAAUCCAUACAGGGCCAGCUCUGCUUCAGCUCUGGGAGCUAGGGCCCAUUCAACAAGACACAGGGUCUGCAACCAAGCCAGGACUGGCGUAUGCCAUUGCCACCAGCCAUGGCUGCAUCUGGGAUAUGAAGUUUUGCCCAAGUGGCGCCUGGGAGCUCCCUGCCACCCGUCACAAGUCUUUCCAGAUGAGUCGGCUGGGACUGCUGGCUGUGGCCUUCUCCGAUGGCAAGGUGCUGCUGUACAGCCUUCCGCAUGCCCAGGACUUGCGUGUCUACAGGAGAGCCCAGGUAACAGAUGUGCCAUCCCCACGGCAUGCUAUCUGCAAGGUGCAGUGUGUGGCCACCUUGCAAGUGGGCUCGAUCCAGGCAGGGAGCCCCUCUGAAUGUGGGCAGUGUUUCACCCUGGCCUGGAUGCCCACCAAGCCUCACCAUCAACUGGCAGCUGGCUUCUAUGACGGCACUGUAGCCUUGUGGAACCUCUCCAGCAAGUCCCUGCUGCAGCGAGUCCGCCAGCCCAGUGGCUCCCUCAAGCUGUACCCGUUUCACUGCUUGCUUGCCCAUGAUCAUGCUGUGCGCAACAUCCAGUGGUGCAAGGCAAACAGCAAUUUCAUAGUGACCGCAGGGAAUGACCGCAAGAUCAAAUUCUGGGACCUGCGCCGGCUACACGAGCCCAUCAACAGCAUCAAGCGUUUCUUGAGCACAGAAAUUGCCUGGCUGCUGCCUUACAGCGGGAUCACAGUUGCACAGGACAACUGCUAUGCCUCGUAUGGCCUAUGUGGGAUCCACUACCUGGAUGCUGGCUAUCUGGGCUUCCGGGCCUAUUUUGUGGCCCCUCGUAAAGGCACCGUAUGGAGCAUCUCUGGAUCUGAUUGGCUGAACUCCAUAGCUGCUGGAGACGCCACAGGGGAGCUGGUGGCUGCCAUGAUGCCCGACCUGUCAGUCAACCCACACAAUGUCAAACGACCUUCUGAGCGCCGAUUUCCUAUCUACAAGGCAGACCUGCUGCCCUGUGGUCCAGUCAGCACUGAUGCAAGGAUGGGAGCCGGCGAGAAGCCCCCAGUGGAGGGCAGGACGUACAAUGAGUCAGUGGCCCGGAACUACAUCCACUUUCAGGAUACUGACCUGAGGAGCUUCAAGGGUUUCUUCAGGAGAAAGUCCCGGAAGCAACCACCUACACAAGAAGUAAAAGAAGGGGAUGGCCUAGGCAGAUUGCAGCUGGAAGCAGUGCACAAGGUUCGCUUCAGCCCCAACCUGGACUGUCACAGCUGGCUGGUGUCGGGGGGCCAGUCUGGCAUUGUGCGGGUGCACUGCCUUCGCGCGUUGGUGUCCCCCCCAAGCCGCAAGCUCCUGCUCGAGUGCCAGGCCCAGUUCAGCGCCAUGUUCCAAGCAGAGGAACAGGAAGACGGACCUGAAGGCAACCCAGCUGGGGUGCACACUGCAGUCAGCUGAACAGCACUUAGGACCCCACAGUAGUUUUUGGCAUCAGCACACAUCACCAAGAGAUUCCGGUCUCCUGUGAAAUAUGUGGAGCUCUGAUGGUAUCUGCAGGAUUCUAGCUGCUGGUGGACUAGCUGGAUCCUGGCUUGAACUCUAGGGGUCAGCCAGAUCAAGAAUGGACCGGCUGCAGAGAAGCACAAAGGGAUGGGGCUCAGCCAGCCACUCUGACCGUCCCGAA